AUGGAGGACGAACGGCGCGCGGGUGAGGCGCGAGACGCGCAAGGGGUCGAAGACGCCGCGGCGCCCGAGCGGGACGCGGCGACGACGAACGCGGCGUCGGUCGCAAAAAAAGACGACGAGUGGGAGUACGAACCUGAAACGUCGCACGGUGAUUUAAGCGAGGAGAGAGAGGCUGAGAUAUUGGGCAUCACCGCGCGCGCGACGGCGAAGACGGUCGCCGACGCGGCCGCGUCGACGCCGAGCGGACCGCCGGCGGUCAUCCUCGUCGGUUUCCGCGCCGAAGAGUGGCCUCGAGUGCGCGUGCUGGUGGACGAACUCGGUGGUUACGACGUACCCGUGAUCCCCGCGCGGAGCGAGCACGCGUGGAUGACUUUAGAAGAGGUGGCUCGAACGCGAGAACCGGACUGGGAAUCGCCGCGCGACGCGGCUCUCGCUCGCGGCGGUGAGUACGGCAGUCAGCGCGCGGUAAUUUUCAGCGGUUUAGAUCUCGGCGAAGUCGCCGUCAUCGUGAGCGCGAUCGAGGCGCGAGGUUUACCGAGAUUACCCGUCGUCGUCGCCGACGCCGAAAACUCGCGCGCGCCGCUCGGCGAGUCCCUCGCGACGGCUCUCAGACGCGCGCGCCGCGACGCCCGUCGCAAGCGACCCUCCCGCGCCGUCACCACCGCCUCCACCGACCCUCACCCCGACGCCCUCGGCGAUUCUCCGCGAGACGUCAUCGUCGGCGAGCUCGUCGCUUCGCCCGCGUCUUCGCCCUCGCCGUCGCCCUCGCGCGCCGCCGCCGAGUCCCGUCGCCGCGGUUCGCGCGACGCCGACGUUCGCACCGACGCCGCCGCUUUCAUCGUCCCGCAUCCCGACGAGUGA